AUGGGAAUCCCUAGAGGAUUUUUACUUUCUUGUUAUCUUAAAUAUCCUAAUGUCCCCUCCAUUACCGGAGGCGAUUUUAACGCUCGGAUAGCCUCAAAUCGGGAAGCUCUUAUAAAGUCUAAAUGGUGGGUCGACCCCGGCGCUCAAACCUACGAUCUAGUAUAUAUCCCCACUAGAAUAUCAAAGGAUGUAAAAGUCAAUAAGGCGGGAGUGAUGCUUUACCAGAUGGCUUUACGCCUUAAUUUAAUUAUAUUAAAUG